UGUUAAUCAAGAUUUUCUCAUAUAAAGCUUCUCUUAAAAAAAUCAAUUGUAAUAAUCGAAAAAUUGACAAUAUUCACACGUGUAAUUUCCACUGCAGCGUUUCUAAAACUUGCGUAUAAUUAGCAAUAUUUACAUUGUGUACAAGAUUUAUUUAAAAAGUAUUCAGACACAUGGGUAUAUGUAUUAAAAUAUAUCAAAACCAUAUUAUAUAAUUAUUAUAAGCGUUAUCAUGCGUUAUGAUGAGGUAGAACUGGUUCAGAUCAAUUAUAUUUUAAAACUCACGCGUCUUUGCGUACCAUCAGUCUAUUAUAGUGAGACAAUAAAACUAAUCAUGUUUUCUUCCGUGGAAAUUUUCAUGAGAUGUUUGAGAGCAAUGUGUAUCGAGCAACGUGCGUUUGUACUAAAUUCUGUUUCAAAGUUUAUUGGUAAAAAUAAGACGUUUAAUUUUAUAAAAAUAGCAUAUGAGCAUAUGCAUAACAUAUUUUAUGAAACUUUUCAGGACAAAUAUUACUUUUCGAAAGGGAUUUCGAUCGGAAUUGUUUAGUUAUUUCCAAGAUUUCUAUUGAAUUCUAGAGAAAACAAAAUAAUUCCGAUCAAAAUCCACUCCGAAAAGUUCCAUAAUACGUGUCCUAGACUGCUUCAUUAUAGCUCGUUGAGCAAAUGCUCGAUUAUGUCUCCACUUGUCUCAAUUUAUUUACUUACGAGCCAACGAAGGUCACAACCAUCUUCGUAUUCGCCGGACUUAGCUUAUUGUUAGUAGCUUAUUAAUGGUAGCACUUUUUGUAAUCCCCGAAAUUCAAAAAACUCUUUAAGAGGUAUCGAUUUGAUAAUGUUGAAACAAUUAAACAAAAUUUGACAAGGACACUUAUGAACAUUCCGAAAAACGAUAUUAAGAAAUGUUUCUAGCGGUAGAAAUUAUUUUGAAUUAAAUUAUUUUGAAAGAGACUAAACUCCGAAUCCGGACAAAUCUUAUAUUUUUUUAGCAGUUAAAUUCGUAUGUUUCUUGCACGUUUCUAAAGGCUCAGACACAUAGAAAAACUUAAGCCGUAAGGAAAUCAACGGUAUUGAUUCGCUACCGCUUAUGACAUGUCUUAAGUUCUUGACUGUGAUUGGCUGAUUUGCUUACUGCUUAAGUCUUACUGCUUCGUAUAAGACGCAAACAAGUUCUUAAUAAUUCUUUUUUCUUCAUGAGCAUAGAGGAAUUUGCGAUAGAGUCACUGACAUCUCUGCGUCAGUUACUCACAAUGUGGCGCACGAUCAUCUUCGUAAUUUCUGUUGCAGUGACAAUUGCGCCAACGAAUAGCUGUAUCGAAAGACGCCGAUCAAAAGAAAAUGGAGAUGAUGAUGGAUAUUAUUGCGUCUGCAAUGCGAUAUAUUGCGACGAAGUUCCGGACGCGAUUAGGCCAUGCAAUCCUGCCGAAUAUGUCCUGAUAACAUCGAGCAAAAGUGGUCUAUUUUUUAAUGUAUCGAACGGCAUUUAUAACAAUGUUGAGGAGACUGACUGUGCAAAACAGCAUUUUGCUAAACAAACAUUAAGAGCAAUAUUUACUACCAUAUUUUCGAAUAUGGAUAUUCAAAUAUUUCUUGAAGAAGAAACUGUAAAAUCAUCUCCGCUGGGAAAGAUCACCAUAAAUCGAACGGAUGUGUAUCAAGAAAUUUUUGGAUUUGGUGGAGCUGUGACCGAUUCAGCAGCUAUAAAUAUUCACGAUCUAACGUAUGAGACAUCCGAAUACUUGAUGAGAAGCUACUUUGGCCCACGUGGUAUCAAUUACAAUUUUAUCAGAACACCAAUGGGUGGCUCGGAUUUUUCAACGAGACCUUACACCUACGCGAUGGUAGAGAACGACACUUCGCUUCACUACUUCGAAUUACAGACAGAGGAUUAUGUUUACAAGAUACCGACAAUAAAGCGAGCUCAAGAAUUAAACAACGGGAAAAUUAAAUUAAUAUCUCUACCCUGGAGUGCCAGUCUUUGGAUGAAAACUAAAAACUCUUGGACAAAUAAUUCUAAAUUACGUCCGGAGUAUCGACAAGUGUGGGCAGAUUAUUUCGUGAAAUAUUUUGAGGCUUAUCGUCGUAACGGCUUAGAAUUUUGGGGUACAAUGUGCCAGAAUGAGCCAGAAAGUCACAAGUAUAUUCCGCUAUCUCGUAUCAAUGCGAUGGCGUGGACAGCCGAGGAAGAGCGUGAUUGGAUUGUCGAACACUUGGCGCCAACUCUGAAGAAAAAGGGUUUCGAGCACAUCAAGAUCUUUUCAUUGGAUGAUAACAGGCUGUCGCUUCCUGAUUGGGCAAAAACGGUAUUUCAAAACAAGAAAGCAAGAGAUAUUAUUUCUGGAAUCGCGAUCCACUUUUAUUACGAUACUUUAAUCGGCCCGAGUGUCUUGGAUGAAAUAAAACAGCUUUUUCCAGAGAAAUCACUGAUAUACACAGAAGCUUGCGCUGCAGCUUUCGAAGGCACAAAGGUAAUUCUGGGCUCGUGGAAACAAGGCGAGAUGUACGCAACAAAUAUCAUCGAGAGUAUGUCGCAUUGGGUAUCCUCUUGGAUCGACUGGAACAUUGUUUUAAAUACGAAUGGUGGACCUACCUAUAUAGAAAAUUAUGUUAAUUCUCCAAUACUAGUCAACAGCACUGCCGACGAAUUCUACAAGCAACCGAUGUUCUAUGUUCUUGGACAUUUUUCAAAGUAUGUCCCACCUAACAGCGUGAGAAUCGGCACAACAUCGGAGAAUACCGAGGGAAUUCAAAAUAUUGCGUUUUCUACGCCUGACGGCGGCGUCGUAUUGGUGAUCUUAAAUCUAAACGAAGAAGAGAAAGAAAUUCUGAUCGAUGAUCCGAAGAAAGGAACAACAAAGAUAAAUGUCCUCGGAAAGUCCAUAAAUACCAUGAAAUACUGGUAGCGGAAAUACAAAAUCCGCCGUAUAAUGUGUCGAUAAGUAUACACGACACGUGUAAGAUGCGAAUACUCAAAUAAUUUUCGUUUUUUAAACUUCAUUCUUGCCACAAUAUAUCUCGCUAAAGUAUAUAGUAUAGCGAGUUUAAUCUAUUUUAAGAAGAAUCAUUAAGUGUGUCAUAAAAUACUGCCGAGCUUUCUCGCCUUUUCUUGCGGUACAAUCUUGCUGAUAGUAUAAAUAUGUAAUGGUGCAAAUUGUCCUCUCUUUUUAAAUAGGAUUUUCACUCGAAUUGUAACUCCCCGGACUGUGCCUUAUUUGCAUCCGGUUACGCGUUGUUAGUUCGUCGGUUCGCAAUUACUCUAAACUUCUGCAUAACUCGGGUCACUCUCCAUUAAAACUCUCACUGAGAAUUCUUACCUCCGGGUAAGAAUUCGCCGGAUUUGAUGAGCGCCACAGAAACGGGCUUGCUCAAACGCUUUCUCAAUCUCGCUGAAUGUUUAAAAUAUCUUCCGCGUUUAAUCCGCUAGCUAGACUGAACUUUAAUAUAUAAUAACGAAAUGGUUU